ACAAAAGAAAACCACUCGCUUCCUCUUUCUCAAGAAACCCUCUUCGGCUAUGGCUGCCGAAGUUAGUUCUUUACAUAGACUUUUAAGCGGGUACAAGGAUGAUCGAAUGGUGGCGAAUGAAUCCGGUGGAGCAAAAUCAACGGCUUUGAUCACCAGAGACUUGCUCGGAGGCGGAGACUCAGCCGUGAUCGAUAUGAAAAAUGAUCAAUCAGAAGAACCUGAACUUGACCUUCAAGUCCCUAAUGGAUGGGAAAAGCGCCUAGACUUGAAGUCUGGCAAAGCGUACUUGCAAAGAUGCAAUUCAUCAAAUUCUUCACAAUCAUCGGAUGGAACCAAACACCAAAACAAUCAAACAGUGUCGAAGCUUCAAGAUUUGAACUUCCCACUGUCGCCCUCUAAACCUUUGCUAAACCUUCUCGACGAGACAAACUUAGAACUGAAACUACUCUCAUCAUCCUCUCCCGGCUAUCAAAGUGUGUGCACACUCGACAAAAUAAAAUUCGCACUCGAAAGGGUGGAGAAAAAUCCAAUCAAGAAUCGAUCAUCUUCAUCGUCGUCGUCAUCAUUGUGGAAGUCAUCCUUGUCACCUUCGUAUGCUUCAUCAUCAUCUUUGAUCAAAGAUUCACUUUACGGUGUCGGUGAUCAAGAGAGGUUGUUUGCAUCGCCGGUUGCAGCCGGCUGCCCCGGAUGCUUAUCUUAUGUGAUGGUAAUGAGACAUUACCCUAGAUGCCCUAGGUGCAAUACUGUUGUCCCAAUGCCAGCUUCCAAGAAGCCUCGCCUUGAUCUCAAUAUAUCAAUUUGAGACCCGGGGGGGGGGGGGGGGGAAUUAAGUUAGUCUACCUUUGAUGUCCAAUGCUUGACUAUAAUUUUGUAAAUGAGCACAUAUAUAUUGGAAAAGGAUGACAAAGACCAAAAAGGAAGAUAUAAUUUUAAUAUUCACAUAUUUUUUGGUCC